GCUCGGCCGGCGCUGAGGCGGCUGCGCCGCGCUCGGCCGGCCCCCUCUGCCCGCCGCCCUGCUGCCGGAGCCGCGAGGGAGCCAAGGACGGCCGGGCCGCCGCCGCCGCCGCCGCCGUUCCUUCCGCAGUUAGGCCCUCUGUCGCAGCAGCCUACUACAAAAAUUGCCGUUUUCGGGAAGAGCACUUCAGAACUCGCUGAAAGCAUCUGAAGAGGCUAUGGCACUCUGAAUGAAAGGGACCUGGCGGCUCUGCUCGCUUGGGUUUCUGAAGCGCAGCAGGUUGAUGUGGCAGGACGAGACUACAGACCUGGCAUGGAAGUCAAAACUUCAUUUAGCAAAGCCAGUAGAGUUCCUGAAACUGUAUCCACAUUAAUUAACGAAGAAUUUGUCCUGGUUCAUCAGCAGUCAGAGGACUCUUCUGGAAAAGAUGAAAAACCUCAGCUAAAGGUAUUUUCGAAUGGCGAUGAACAGUUGGAGAAGGCGAUGGAAGAGAUACUGAGGGAUUCUGAAAAAGAGCAGAGCAAUGGUACUGCUGACCGGGAAGGUUGUGGUGAUGCCUGCAGCCAUGCGACUGGAGAUACGUCAGCAAGUCAGAUAAAUCAGCCAUCACUGCACCUUGUUUUAGACCCUUCUACUUCAGAAAUCUCUGCACCAAGGCCCUCUUCCCCUACUGAGCCCCCAGAGGAAGACAGCGUAUUGUUUAACAAACUGGCUUAUUUAGGUUGCAUGAAGGUGUCUGCCCCUCGAAAUGAACCAGAAGCAUUACGUGCAAUGGCAACUAUGAAGUCCUCAAGCCAAGCUCCUUUAUCUGUGACACUUUAUGUUCCAAAUAUUCCAGAAGGCUCUGUAAGGAUAAUAGAUCAAUCAAGCAAUGUGGAGAUAGCCUCUUUUCCAAUCUACAAAGUAUUGUUUUGUGUGCGUGGACAAAAUGGGAGUUCAGAGAGCGACUGUUUUGCAUUUACUGAAAGCAGCUGUGGAACAGAAGAGUUCCAGAUUCAUGUUUUCUCUUGUGAGAUUAAAGAGGCAGUUAGCAGAAUUUUAUAUAGUUUCUCAACAGCAUUCAAACGUGCUUCCAAACAAGCAUCUGAUCAUGUUAAGGACUUUGUUCUUCCUACUCCAGACAGUGAUGUGUACACUUUCAGUGUUUCUUUAGAAGUUAAAGAAGAUGAUGGAAAAGGAAAUUUUAGCCCUGUGCCAAAGGAUAGAGAGAAAUUUUAUUUCAAGCUUAAACAGGGAAUUGAGAAGAAAGUAGUGAUUACAGUCCAGCAACUCUCAAAUAAAGAACUGGCCAUUGAGAGAUGCUUUGGCAUGCUACUAAGCCCUGGACGAAAUGUGAAGAACAGUGACAUGUAUUUACUGGACAUGGAAUCCAUGGGAAAAAGUUCUGAUGGGAAGGCUUAUGUAAUUACUGGAAUGUGGAAUCCUAACGUGCCAACGUUUGUAGUACUUAAUGAGGAAACUCCUAAAGAUAAACGUGUAUUCAUGACUGUUGCAGUGGAUAUGGUUGUUACUGAAGUGGUAGAGCCAGUCCGGUUUUUGCUGGAGACUCUUGUGCGUGUGUAUCCUGCUAACGAACGUUUCUGGUAUUUCAGCAGAAAAACUUUCACAGAAACUUUUUACAUGAAGCUAAAACAGUCCGAAGGGAAAAGCCACACAAGCGCUGGAGACGCGAUUUAUGAAGUUGUCAGUUUACAAAGAGAGUCUGCCAGAGAGGAAGAACUGGCCAGCCCAACAAGUGGAGGAGGACCAAUAUCAUCGCAGGAGGAUGAGGCAGAAGAGGAGAGUGAUAAUGAACUCUCCAGUGGCACUGGUGAUGUGUCUAAGGAUUGUCCGGAGAAGAUCUUGUAUUCCUGGGGAGAAUUACUUGGGAGAUGGCAUAAUAAUCUUUUUGUGAGACCGAAAGGAUUAUCUACGCUGGUCAAGAGUGGUGUUCCCGAAGCGCUGAGGGCCGAGGUUUGGCAGUUGCUGGCAGGAUGCCAUGACAACCAGGCGAUGUUGGAGAAAUACAGGCUUCUCAUCACAAUGGAUUCUGCUCAGGAGAGUGUCAUUACCAGAGAUAUUCAUCGUACGUUUCCAGCACAUGAUUAUUUCAAAGAUACAGAAGGAGACGGUCAGGAAUCUCUAUACAAAAUCUGUAAGGCGUAUUCUGUCUACGAUGGAGACAUCGGCUAUUGCCAGGGACAGUCUUUCCUUGCGGCCGUGCUACUUCUUCACAUGCCAGAAGAGCAAGCAUUCUGUGUAUUGGUGAAAAUAAUGUAUGACUACGGCUUGAGGGACCUCUACAGAAAUAACUUUGAAGAUCUCCACUGCAAAUUUUUCCAGCUGGAGAAGUUAAUGCAGGAACAGCUGCCUGACUUGUAUAGCCAUUUCUCAGACCUGAAUUUGGAAGCUCAUAUGUAUGCAUCCCAGUGGUUUCUCACUCUCUUUACUGCCAAGUUUCCGCUCUGCAUGGUCUUCCACAUCAUUGACUUACUACUCUGUGAGGGUCUGAAUGUUAUCUUCCAUGUAGCCUUGGCUCUCUUAAAGACCUCAAAAGAGGACCUUUUACAAGCUGAUUUUGAAGGAGCUUUAAAAUUCUUCAGGGUGCAGUUGCCCAAGAGGUACAGAGCAGAGGAGAACGCUCGGAGGCUGAUGGAGCAAGCCUGCAACAUUAAGGUGCCAACAAAAAAGCUGAAGAAAUAUGAGCGGGAGUACCAAACGAUGCGAGAAAGCCAGCUGCAGCAGGAGGAUCCCAUGGACAGAUACAAGAGGGAGAACCGCAGGCUCCAAGAAGCUAGCAUGAGGCUGGAGCAGGAGAAUGAUGACCUUGCACAUGAACUUGUAACAAGCAAAAUUGCCUUACGGAAUGACUUGGACCAGGCUGAAGACAAAGCAGAUGUUCUGAACAAAGAACUUCUCCUGACCAAACAGAAACUAGUGGAGACUGAGGAAGAGAAACGGAAGCAGGAAGAGGAAACUGCUCAGCUGAAGGAGGUCUUCAGGAAGCAGCUAGAGAAGGCAGAAUCUGAGAUUAAGAAAACCACAGCCAUUAUUGCUGAGUAUAAACAGAUUUGUUCCCAGCUGAGUACCAGGCUGGAAAAACAGCAGGCAGCCAGUAAAGAUGAGCUGGAAGUUGUGAAGGGUAAAGUGAUGGCCUGCAAACACUGCAGUGAGAUUUUCAGUAAGGAGGGAGCACUGAAGGUGCCUGCUGUAAGCAGGGAGAAUCAAGGAAUAGAAACAGAUGAUGAAAAGGAUGCACUCACAAAGCAGCUGAGAGAAAUGGAGCUGGAACUCGCACAGACCAAACUGCAGCUUGUGGAAGCCAAGUGCAAAAUUCAGGAGCUGGAGCACCAGAGAGGAGCCCUUAUGAAUGAGAUCCAAGCUGCCAAAAACUCUUGGUUUAGCAAAACCCUGAACUCUAUCAAAACCGCCACAGGCACACAGCCACCACAGCAGCCUCAGCCACCUCUGCCACCCAAAGAGAGCAGUACAUAGUUCCAGCCAGACCCCUGAUACAAGAGCACAAAGAACAACAUAACUCAAACAAACCCUGGAGGAUUCUUCCAGUGGUCUCUCCUCUUGGGGAAAGGACAAAAGGCAGGAGUGCAGGCUUGAAAUGAAAUUCUUCGGUGUCUUUCAUUCAUUCUGAUGUGACCCUUUUCAAAGGGAAAUAAAAAAGAAAAUCCUGUUUUAUGUUGAAUUCCUAUUUCCCAACUGCCUUGCUGAAAGCCACGUUCUGAUAUCUUCAUAACUUUUACAAUUUAUUUUAUAUGACUAGAUGUUAAAAUUAAUAAAUAAUUCAAAAUUAGGUCUUUAUUACAUGACUAAUUAUUCAAAAUUAUUUUUAUCUUGCAUAAAAGGUUUUUUCUUCUUCUGGAGGAAGAGAGAGAAUGUAAAGUACUGAAGCAUAACCUCUUCACAGAAAGCACAGUGUAAUAAGUACUAGUGUGUGUGUGGGUGUCAAGAAUAACUCAUGCCCUAGGACCAUCUCAGAAUUUUAUUGCUGUGACUGUGUCCUGCAGAAAAGCACUUUUUGUAAAGCUUAGGCCAUAGUAAAGAUAGUCUUGUGCUCUCUUGGCACAAUUGUUCGAGCUUCCCUGAUAAUUUCAUAGUUUUGAUUGUUUUUUUUUUCUUCAGAAAUGCAAGUAGUGCGAUUCCUUAUAGCACUGAGUAGCACUGCUAUUUAAAUGUUAUUUACAGCUGAACUGGAAUUUAACAUAAAAUUAUCUAGUUUCUUUUUUUAAAUUUCAUUUUAUACAAAUUUGAAGACACAAUUCCUUCCACUGGGAGAAAGAGAAAACUAUCUGACAUAUAUUUGAUUUUUUUUUUUUUUUUGGCCAAGAAGCAGAGUACAGACCUUCCAUACUUUUACUUUUCGUGAAUCCUGUGCAAUAAAGGGUAGGUUUUAUGAAUAAAAUUAAUGACAAAGUUUCCCUGGGUCUAUAUUCAAGUUUUGAAUUUGACACAGAAGGGAGAUACUAAAUAAAAAAAAAAGGUUUUUUCUGCACUGGUGAAUAAAACAUCACAGGAACAAGAUCUGUUUGCUCUAAGUGUUUGGUUAGGAAAUGCUACAUUGGUGUGUUACUUAUGUUUAUAAAUACAAAAAUUUUCAAAUGGUAUACAACACCUAGACUUCUCCCAUGGGACAGACUUCUCUGAUGAUUCCCAGAUCUGUCUAGUUGUUUUGUAUCUAUCUCUAAAGUAAGAAAAUUUAAAGGCUUUUGUUUUCACUUAACAUAAAGUGUUUAUAGAAAUACUUAUUUCAUGGAAGAUUAAACUAUUGCUUGAAUUGAUGAGAAUAUUUUUUUAAUUAUAUCCAACACAUCUCUAAGAAGGUCUUGGCAGGUAAAUAUCAUUGCUGGACAAAAGGUUGUGCAUUAAUUUUUCCAUUUACAAAUUGUUCCAGGGACAUUAGCUCUAUUUUGAUUUUUUAUUAUUAUUUUUUAAUUCUAAGGAAUGCCAUAUUUUGUCAGUUUUGUAUAAUAAAAUAUAAUGAAAUUCAUCUUGUGCUUUAUUGUCAAGCAUAAUUGUGAAUUAUUUUCAACAGAGUAGUGCAAAUUUAAUGUUUGUGUGUGCCAAAUGGAUCAUUCCGAAAGGCAGUCAGCUGUUUGAAGUAGAGAUCAAAAUAUAAUCACUAUUCUGACACAACUAUCUUGCAACUUGACAAUGCAGAUUCUAUCUUCUAAGAGUAAGGAGUUAAAAUUCUUGGUCUUUAUAAACUUACUUGCAAGAAUAGUGAUUAUGUGGAAAAAGCAGAAGAAUUUUGUUUUGCCAUUAAAACAAAGAUCUUUUUCUUUCCUCGGUCACUUUCUUGCUAAUAAUAUUUACAUAAAUGUUUCCUUUAUGUGGAAUGUCUAACCCUUGCAUUAUUAUUUCAUUUAUCAGUACCAUUUCACACUUGAAAUAAACUAUGUAAUAAAGUGGAAGUGACAUUUAAGAAUACCUGGUCAACCUCUGAUUGUUAUAUUUGAGUACUGUGUUGAUGACCGACACUGAUGAUUUGAGAAGUGUCCGGAUUUCUCAUUUCAUUUAACUCAACUCAUACUCACAGGUGGAUUUAAAACCUUGGUUGGAAAACUGUAGUAAUAAUCAAUGAUUAAGACCCUGAUUCCCCGAGCAGCUGAGCUAAGGUAACAACUCACUGCUUCUGAAAGAUCUUAUUUUUCCACUAUUUCUUCCACUCGCUGUUCUACAGUCCUGUCCCUCCCUUGUUUUGGCCCAUACUGGAAAUGAUUAGAAAAAAAUUUAGGUGGAUUUGUUUUUGUCUUUUUUGUUUUGUUUUGUUUUUUGACUAAUAAACUUUUUGCCAAGUUAUUGAGUAAACUCAUCUCAAAGGGCCCAAUGAGUACAAGAGAAUGAGGGGAAAAUAGAAGGACUUCCCCGCUUCAUCAAAGAGCUAUGAAGUAUGACACCAUGUCUCAUGGAAUCGUAGCUUUGACAGAUUCUUUGUCAGUGUAGCAGCUCUCUGAAUUUAGAAAUUUCUGUGACAAAAAUGUUUGCUACCUGCUAGCCAUGAUGAGUCUGAACAUCUGAACGAGUGGAAGUUAGCUUUUCUUGUGCCUCACAAGCUUGAGAAGGCAAUGGCUGAAUUAUCUCUCUUGGCAACAACAAAGACAGUAAAUAAUUUUCACCUUUCAUCUGUAGCUGCCAGGGAGUGUUUGUAGCAGAAGCAUUUGUAAAAGUAAUACUUACAUUUGGAAACUGAGUCAUCAUAAAGUUACUGAAGAAUAAGCAAAAUAACUGUGGCUUUUCUAAAGUAAUUCCUGGAUGAUUAAGAAUAGUUCAGAAACUCAGAAAGUAGCAAGAUUGCAGGAUUAAAACAGGCAACCUGAAGUUCUACCUAAAAUUCUACCUGUUGACUGAAUAUACUAUUAUGAUACUAAGUUUCCUAUGAGAUAAAUAUUUGGGUUUUAAUUAGCCCUUUCAGCUGUGGAUGACAGUGCUAAGUGCCUUCUGGAAAUACACACAGAUCCCAGAGUGACUGAUCUAUCUGGGAUAGCUGGCACUGUGUUUGUUUAGAUUUUCAGUAGGAAACUUCAUUGAAUCAAAGUCUAACUGAAACUACUAUGUUCAUGUGGCACUAGAAUAAUUAACAUAGCUCUCAAGCUUAGAGUGAUUUAAAAAAUUUUUUAUCUGAGUCAGUAUCAAACUAUGUG